AGAAGGUUGGAAGAUCUUGUACAUGCUUCCGUUCCAUCUGCAAGGCCAAGACGAUCAGAAGUUGAUAGAAAAAAGGUCGAAGAAAGGGAUGCAUGGCGAUCUGAAUUGGUUGAGACGGUUGAGGACAUACUCGCAAACGAGAAAGAAGAUGGAACCCAAAAGCUGGAUCAAGGUCAAUUGGUUACCUCUCUAAGACGUAAAUUGACCAAACAUGAUCUUGAUGGAGGACAGGGUUCGGCCGUAAGACUGGAAAUGCUGGUCUCCAAAAUGAAAAAACAGCCUGGCCUUUCUCGCGAAGUGAAUGGCCUAUUAGAGCUAGUUCAGGAACUUGCUUUCACGAAUCGACUCGUAUCACAUGGACAGAAUUCCGUUCCUUAUCGACAACGAACACCAAAGCUUGAUUCGGCACAGACCUUUCAGACUGAUAAACAAAAUGGAGCGACUAAACAUGCAAGCUCGAACGAGGCUGAAACAAAGGCGCCGCUGGCCCCAUCCACUUCAGCCGCAAAUAAUGCGAAUCAGGAAGCAGCGAUAACGAAUGGAUUAGCAGCCCUGAACUUGACGACAGAUGAAAAGAUGCUGCCCAAAGCCAUGCUCUUGCAAAGAUGGAGAGAGAAACGAGGUCAAGUGCCUAUCUCAGAAGCAGAAUUGAUGCGAGAUAUCAUCUAUUUAUUACAAGGUAUCAAUGGAAAAUAUGUCGGCUUCGAAGAUGUUCUCUUGCCGGCUUCGAAUGAGAUGGGAGAGACGCGAGAAGCGGAAAGAAUCGUAAAGGUGAAAUUCUCUCAAGAUUCAGAACAUCUGAUUUCACACCCAACAAAGCAUUUGAUUCAUCGAGUUGCAGAACUUGGAAGGCUAUACAAACGUAUAGAUGAAUUUCAUCGUCAAUUUUCACAAAAAGAAGGUACUGGACUCAUCAUGCAGUCGCUGUGUCAUUUUGUUUUGUCGGAAUUGACAGACUAUUACCGUCUUGUGGCUAUCCUGGAGGCACAAAUGAACAAUGUUGAAACAGAUGGCAAUGACCAAAAAGGUUUAACACUUCGUCGGAUAUCUGUUUGGACGGAAGAAGUUACUCUGCGUAUGCGAUUGAUCAGUACGAUAAUCGAAGGUUGUCAAGACGCCCACGGUGGAGCGAUUGUGUCUCUUAUUCAUUCGUAUACCUUUCAUGGAGACCCAUUGAUCCGCAAAUUCACCGCUGAGAUACUCGAUCAGGUCUCCAAACCGUUCUUUCAUGCGCUGUCAUUAUGGAUCUUUGAAGGCGAGUUGCAAGAUCCAUUUGAAGAGUUUUUCGUCGAGGCAAACAAAGAUCUUAAAGCCACUUGGGGACCGACGGGUGAAGACUUGAACAGUGCCUUGUACAUGUCCACUUCGCAAGAUCACCACAUGGCGCCUCCUUCAUCUUUGUGGCAAAAUCAGUUCCGCUUCCGUACCGAAAUGCUGCCCAGCUUCAUCCGGGAAAGUUUUGGACGAAAGAUAUUCAGUACAGGAAAGAGCUUAAAUUUCAUUCGAUUUAGCUGUGAUGAUGCAGAUUGGGUAGCCACCAAGGCUUCCCAAAGGAAGGAAGGUAAUGCUAUUCUGCGGUACGCUAAUCUACCUGGCUUGGAACGUACGAUCGAUGAGGCAUAUGCUUCGGCAAGCACACGUUUAUUGGACAUCUUUAUCGGCAAGUAUAAGCUAAUGGCACAUCUUCGAGCUUUAAAGGAUUACCUCAUGCUCACAAAGGGAGACUUUACGGAUCUUUUGAUGGAGUCUAUUGGACCUUCGUUGGACAAGCCUGCAUCUUCGCUCUUUCGGCACAAUCUUACCGCUUCACUUGAAACUUCCAUUCGCGGAUCCAAUAGUCAAUACGAUGACGUUGAUAUCGUUGGUCGAUUGGACGCUCGUAUUCUUGAUUUCAGCGAAGGAGAUCUUGGUUGGGAUAGCUUUACGCUGGAAUAUCGCGUAGAUGAGCCUGUGAGCACGGUUUUGGACAAUCAUGCAAUGCUUGGCUAUCAGAUUAUCUUUAAUCAUCUUUGGAAGGUGAAAAGGGUGGAAUUGGCAUUGGGUAGUGGAUGGGAAAAGUUGCUUUUGGCUGCAAAUAUGCUUAGAAGAAUUCAACCUCGAACACUCAAAAAGGCAGCUCUGGCACGAAGGGCAACCAUAGAACCGCAAAGCAAUCUUGGCGAACAGAUUCACUUUGUGAAACAAUUGCAAGGCUUUGUGAAUUUGGAGGUGGUUGAAUAUUCAUGGAACGAUUUAACUCAAUUAUUCUCAACACAAGCCAAUCACAAGAACAGACUGAUGGAUCUGGACGAGUUGAUUUCGACGCAUCGUGCAUACCUCAACACUUUGAUAUCAAAGAUCAUGCUGCGUGGUGUGACUAGUUCUUCUUCCGGUAGACGUGCACCUAAUGAUCAAUUAGCCGUUGAAGUCAAGGCAAAUUUGGAUACAAUGCUAGCGUUCGCUUUGGCUAUCGAAGAUCUUGCUCGUUAUAUCGUUGAUCAAGUAGCAAGAUCAGAUUUGAGCGGAAACAAGAACCGCACCUCUACACCUGUCAACAGUAGUUCACGACCAGGUACGCCAUCUUUGACAUCUCAGGCAUCCAGAAAAGCACCAAUUGAUGCUUCAUCUUUGGAGAAUAUCAAGAACCGACUCGAGUCUAAUCAUGCCAAAUUCCAAUCUUCAACGCAGAUGAUCAUUGGUAAAUUGGAGAAACAUUCCAAUUUAGUCGUCCGUGACUUGGCAACGAGAUUGAACUUCAAUUCAUACUACAGUCACUUAUCAAGUUCUACAAGUGUUGCUGCUGUUAAUCUGCCCGGACAAUCUCGACGCUGAAUAGAGAAGAAAGGCUGAAAAGACGCUUUUUGAUGUAUAUUAGUAAAAACAACCCCAAUGUAUUACUGAAAGAUUUGCGAAAGAUUAAUUACAAAGAUAUACUGCAGUGAAAAAUAUAAAUAACCCCUUUGCUCAAAGCUUAGCCUUUGCUUUACGUCUAUCCUGGAACCAUCCCAUCAUGCCUAGAUCCUUCUCUGCAUAAAUGUGUUUCGAUUCAACGUACUCGUCCAAACCAUGACUGCCCAAUUCACGUCCAUUACCACUCCAUCCAAAUCCUCCCCAUUCAGCUCUUGGUGUAUAAGCUCCAAAUGUGUUUUGCCAAACGGUACCAUGUCGUAAACGUUUUGCUAUCCUUAGCGAUCGAUCUUU